UUUUAUUCUGAAGGGCUCGAACACUGACCGUUGGCUAUGGAGUGUUUCGAAGCUAAGCUACUUGUCUCUGUAAACAUGACAUUCAUGUAGAAAUGACGAGGUUUCUACAAGACGAAGACAGCCAAUAGUUUACCAGCCCAGCACAUGUGUUUGCGGGGGUCUGAGAUUGGAAUAAUUGGUGGUUCAGGCCUCGACGAUCCCGAUAUCCUGGAGGGAAGGACCGAGCGAUAUGUUGACACACCGUAUGGAAAGCCAUCUGACGCUCUGAUACUGGGGAAGAUCAAAAAUGUGGAGUGUGUGCUCCUUGCGAGGCACGGGAGACAACACACUAUAAUGCCGUCCAAUGUGAACUACCAAGCCAACAUCUGGGCACUGAGAGAAGAGGGCUGCACACAUCUGCUCGUUACCACGGCGUGCGGCUCGCUCCGGGAGGAGAUCCAGCCAGGAGACAUCGUCAUCGUCGAUCAGUUCAUUGACAGGACUACCAAGAGAGCUCAGACGCUGUACGACGGGCAGCCCACCAGCCCUCCAGGAGUGUGUCACAUCCCCAUGUCUGAGCCUUUCUGCAACAGAACCAGAGAGGUUUUGAUCGAGGUGGCGCGGACCCUGGGGGUCAAGUGUCACGUGCGGGGGACUAUGCUGAGCAUCGAGGGGCCCCGCUUCUCCUCGCGGGCCGAAAGCCUGAUGUUCCGCCAGUGGGGCGCCGACGUCAUCAACAUGACCACCGUGCCAGAGGUCGUCCUCGCCAAGGAGGCCGGCUUGUGCUAUGCCAGCAUCGCCAUGGCAACGGACUACGACUGUUGGAAGGAGCACGAGGAGGCGGUCUGCGUGGACAACGUGCUGAAGACGAUGAAGGAAAAUGCCAACAAAGCCAGCAGUAUCCUGCUGACUGCAAUACCCCAGAUUAGUCAGAUGGAUUGGACUCAGACAAUGAAGACCUUGAAAUCAAUGGCACAGUGUUCAGUAAUGUUACCGAAACACUGAGGAAAACAAUGAAUGUAGAAAACGGAUGGAGCUCCCAGACACCACCACCACCACCACCACCCGUGCCGACGCGGACAACAGACUCGACUCUGCGUGUGGAUUUGUCAUCAAGUGAAUCACAAGAAAAGUGCCUCGCAUAAAUAAUGCAUGUGUUCAGCUGGAGUUUCGUUUUGUUCAAAACACACGUAACUCGUCUCUCUUUCCUCUUCAUACUUACUCCCGGGUCACGGCUUCUUUUUCCGGAUCACUUACCAGUGUUGUCAUUCCAGCAGCAGUUUUCAGUCGGACUGAUGUUUACGAACAAUCCAAUUUAAAUAUUUGUUGCCUGUAAAACCAGUAGUGUCUUUAUUUCUGUGAUUGCAAGACGGAGUUCAAAUUUGCACAUGAACACUUUGUUACUUUAAUGAAGUAGUAAUACCUCUUCGAUGUCUGAAUCCAUCCAGCAAAAUUUAUUACCGAUCAAAAAUGAACAAUAGCAAUGUUUCUAUCUUUGCUUAUUGAACCACUUUUUUUUUUUUUUUACGUUUUAUGGAAUUUUAUUUUUUUAUUUACUCUUCAUUAUGAUUUCAUAUAUUACAAACACCCGCAGUAUUUAGUUUUCAAAUGUGUGUGUAUAUAUACACUCACCUAACUGACAGUAUUUGGACUCCUUUUAAGAAACCUGCACACCUGAAACGUUUGAUAUACUGUUUAAUAUUGAUCAUUGAAUGAAAGUUAUGUUUUCGUAGCAGUUGCUGGGCCUUCUGUUACCAAUCAUGCUUGCUGCACUUCCACAUCACACUGCGCAGUAUCUAAAAAUAUUUGCAUUUCCUCUUUGUGUCGCCUUGCUCAACAGUAUGAACCCACUUUGCAGCACAAAUCCACCCGAUUUAAACACGGAAAUGCGAGCUCAUCCUUUUUUUAAAGUUGUUAAUUAAACAAACUCUUGAAGCAACUUGACUUACUGAUUAAUCUGUAACUUAUCUGCAACUGCGAUGCAGAUUCAGAGGUUUGAUUUGUCACACGCUUGCACAGGGUGACACACUUCGGUCUGCAGUCACGAAUUACAGGGCAAGGUUUGAGUGUAAACAAAAGUGUGUUCAUAUCUCUAUGAACUGAGUGUUCACAUUAGAGUUUCUGUUUUCAGAGCAGGUUUUGUGAAUGAUUUCAUUGAACAGGUUAAAAAAAAAAUUGUUAUUGUUGAGACCAAAACGUCCGUAAGAGACAAAACAAUGGCGGAGUUCAAACCCUUUGUGGUUUUGGGGACUUUCUGUGUGUUGGUUUCAUAAAGCCGUAAAAACCUCUCGGCUUAAAACUAAAAAACAGGCUGAUGUUUAACUCCCCAAAACGUGGAUGCAUAACUUACUUUAUGAAGUGUUACUAUAUUUGUAUGAUUGUUUUUUUUCUCCUGUUUCCAGGCAGAAAUUAGUUAUAUGAUAUCAGCACCUACUAGUAAACCAUUCAGUGUACAACUAUAACCCAGUGUCCUUUUAUACAGGCAUCAAUUUUUCAACUUCUACAAAACCCUCUGUUAAAUAUAGCCUAUAAUAUUUGAACCGUGUAAGCAUGUUUUAGUUCCAUCACCUCCAAAUGUUUCACAGAAAAUAAAUAAAUGAAUGAUGACGUUUUUAACUGUGAAGUCACCCGAGGCCAGGUCGUGAUCUGUUUACCAUCCAGUGUGAGGGAAAUAUGUUUGAUCGAUGUCAGUGUUCAUAGAAAUUGUUCACAUGUCCACCAUGGGGUGUUCUUUUGCUCUUUUUGGUUCUUGGAACCAUGUAAAACAUGAUUAAAAGCCAAAUGAUCAACGCUU